UUGCCCAGAUAGUGCAUGGGGCGCUCGAGCCCGGGAAACGGGAGGGCAGGAGGAUCCGGGGCGGGACUUCGGAGCCGGGAGCUCGCGGUCCUUCCGGUGAGGCGGGGCUCCCUCAGCUCUCCUCGAGCUCAGCCUCGCCCCUGCUCACAGCGCCUGCUGGAGGCGCGCGGGCCCAGAAUGAUGCCAAGAAAAAGAAAGUGGUUAACUCCAUUAAAUGCUGUCCAAAGUAAACCCAGCUUCUCUCCAGCUGACACCUCUGGGAGCCUGACAGUUGUUCUUGAUGGGAAUUCCUCUCCAGUAAGCAGCAAAUACUUCACUGAAGAGAAGAGGACAUCUUCCCGGCUAGGGACAGACUUUUUCAACCAACCCUGCAUCAACCUGGCUAAAUCAUUUCUAGGACAGAUUUUAGUUCAUAAACUUCCUGAUGGCAGAGAACUCCGGGGAAGGAUUGUGGAAACGGAGGCAUAUCUGGGUGGGGAAGAUGCAGCUUCCCAUUCAAAGGGAGGGAAGCAAACUGCAAGAAAUGCAGCAAUGUUCAUGAAACCGGGAACUCUGUAUGUGUACCAGAUCUAUGGGAUUUAUUUCUGCAUGAAUGUUUCCAGCCAGGGGGAAGGGGCUGCAGUCCUGCUCCGUUCCUUGGAACCUCUGCAGGGCCUGGACACCAUGAAGCAGCUGCGAAGUGCUCAGAGGAAAGCAUCAGCCAAACCCCUGAAGGACUGGCAGCUGUGCAAUGGGCCCUCCAAGCUCUGUCAAGCAUUCUCUAUUAACAAGAGCUUUGACCAAAAGGACCUGGUUCGGGACACAGCAGUCUGGAUGGAGCUUGGCUCAGAAGCACCGGGAGAGCAGGCUGUGGUGACUGCAACCAGAAUUGGUGUCAGCUACGGUGGAGAGUGGGCACAGAAACCACUGAGGUUUUAUAUACGAGGGAACAAAUGCGUGAGUGUUGUGGACAAGAAGGUGGAGAGCGAGCAAGGUGCUGCAGACUAGAGGUGUGGGUGCUUUCAUUAACUUUCAGCCCCAGACUCCGAUCUGAUGGAACCGGCCAGGGAGGUGGUGCUGGUUUGGAAGGUGUUUUAAUAAUAAAUGUGCUGUGUUACAAUGA